GUCGCUCGGUGGCCACUGCAGCGCAAACGCAUGUGCGUUCAUAGCGCCGGCGCCCGCGCAAUCGCGAAAGCAUUCACGUAAACGCGUAUAUUUUUUACCGGAUCAUAUUUUUUAUUUAAUGUGUCGCUAUAAAUUUUUAAUCAGGACAUGAUGGUUUCCCGAACGUAUUUAUUUUUGAUUGGAAUAAUUUUUCGAAUUAAUUUUGUGUGCCCUAUCGCUGAAAUUGAUGAAAACGAAGAAGUACUACAUCUGAUUGGAGAGCCGGACUUUCGCGACGUAAGACUGCGGUGGGAGUACGGAAAACCCGACGAGGAGGACCGGCCGAAAGUUUUGGCGUUCCAAGUGCAUUACUGCGAAUUACAAGCAUGGGGCCAGUACAGAUGCAGAACAAAGGUAAUUGAUACAAUGGAAGAAGAAAAGACUACGAAACCAUCUACGAGCACGACGGAAGCGACAGCCACUACAACCCAGCCCCUCGGUGCAAGGCGCGGGCGCAUGUAUAGCACACGCAUAAUCGGCUUGCGGAUGGCGACCACAUACUCCUUCGAAGUCAGACCAGUCCAUCGAGAUGGUCGAGAUUUAGCUGAUCCAGAAUCUAUUAGGUCGAAAAUUAUAAUCGUUCCCACUAAAGGAUUUUCAGCUCGAGCCACCCAAUGUUUGCCACACGCAAGUGAAGUUGAGGUUUCUACGGGUCCCUUUUUCGGAGGACGUAUCGCUGUGGAAGCAGCGGAUGGCGGUCCUGAGAGAUGUUCCAUUCAAGGCAACCCAAACAGUGCUCAAGAUGCUUACAUAUUGAGGAUACACCACGACGAGUGCGGUUCAGAAGUUAACGACACUACUGUCGCUACCUACGUCAUCGUGCAGGAAAACUUGCCCAUACUUACGCAUAGCACAAGACGAUUCCUAGUUCUCUGCACUUAUAAACCCGAGACUUUAACAGUUCGAGCUGGAAUCAACUUGCCGAAAUCUAACCCCGGAGAUGUGCUCCAUCACCACAAAUCUUCAAGUGGAUCCGUCGAACCAUACGAGAAUCAAGACAUGGACUACAAUGAACUACAACCAGCCAGGCUUGAAGCGAGAAAGGAGGAAUCAGAACAAAGUGCGUUCGGUGAGGUCAGUUUGGUGAUGUUUUUAGUAGUGGCUGCGUUUGGCGGCAUCGCUCUAUUAAUAUGGAAGGUGGUACCGCAAGCUGACAGAGACAACAUAUCUAUUGCCACCGUCUCAUCUCUAGCACGAAGCGGGAUCUUCAGUAGGCGGAACAGAGAUCGAUUUUCAGACCAAAGCUCGGUAUAUUCGAUUUCAUUAUCGGAAAAAGAUGAAGGAAUACCUAAAAAACCUAAUGAGGGCGACAACACGUCUGAGGCGUAAAUAUUUUAAUGUACUAUUGUGAUUGAUAUAAUUUAAUUAUUUAGUUUAAGUGCACGAUCUGUUUGGUACGUGGUUCGUAUGGUAAAAUUAGACUGUUUAUAUAAUUUAAUACCUAAAACAAAAUUGACCAAGGCAACCCGUGAUCAAUUUCAUUCAGAGACCGAUAACUGGUUUCCAAAGACGUAUAAAUAAAAUAACUUGAAAGAUGAAAGGUUUUUAAAAUAAAACUAUAUUGGCACAUUUUAAAUUCGUGGCCAGUAUUUGCUUUGCACUAGAAUCACUAACAUCAAUGCUAUGAUUGCCAUAGAUAUAUAUCUAUUUAAGAAAUUCAAGACUUGUGUGAAGUGAGCAUACGAAACUACAUAACUGAAAUGAAUUUGGGGAUCUUCUGAUGGGGAUUUGAUGAUAUUUGUGUUUAAUUAUUUAUUAUUGGCAGUAAAAGUAUGUAGUUAAACAAAACUGUUUGUUUUUUCGUGUGUUCGUUUGCAUUGAAUUUAGUUUUAAGUUAAUACAAAUAGAAAAAUGAGUGUGAAUAAA